UCCGCAUGCCUGACAAAGUUCGAUUGCACCGUAGAAUCCUCCCCCGGAAACCCGCAUACUGAGUCCUCCAAUUCUAUCUCGAUCAAUAAUAUUUCUGCAAGGAACGAGGAUUGGAUCUCUCCUGGUGGGUUCUCUAUCAAAUCCCUAGUCGUAGUUUUGGAAUUAGUGGGUUGACCUUGUUCACUCAUUUUGUUUGGUAAUAUUCAUUGGUGUGGCAUUAUUUGUUCUUUGAUUAUAUUGCAGGCUUCGAACUUUUUUUGCCCAAUACUGUUCCUACGUUAGGUAAUUGCAAAACAUGAACGUAUAUGGUGAAGAAAAGAUUCUACCAUGUGGGUGUGUUAGAAUUGAAGUCCUUGUUUUCAGAUAUAUCUAGAGCAAGAUUGAUUCGAAAUUGGGUUUGAAAGGCAUGAGAAGUGAAGUUUGGAGAUGGGUUUUAGGUUUGAUUUAUAUAUUUGCUGUUGCAACAAUCUGGAUUGCUGCUAGUUUUGUGGUUCAGUCAGUUGUAGGCUCGGGUGUUUCUCCGUUUCUCAUCACAUACAUUUGCAAUUCGUUGUUUGUGAUCUACAUCCCCGUAGCUGAAAUAGGACGCUAUUUGGAGGACACAUAUGGAAGCAUAUUCUUUUGGCGAACCAGAGAGGGUAGUUUGCAAGAAUUGGGGGGGUCGGAAGAGGUUGUGCUUCUUGGACAGAGUAAUUCAAAAUUAGGGGAAUCAGAAGAGGUUGUGCUUCUUGGAGGGAGUGAUUCAAAAUUAGGGGAAUCGGAAGAGGUUGUGCUUCUUGGAGGGAGUGAUUCAAACGAUCAAGCUGAAGGUUUAAAUUCAGUUGUGGUUGUGGAGCAAGAAGAAUUGAUCCAUAAUGAAAAAUGUGUUGUUUUGGGAGUGGAAAGUGAUACAGGACAACAAAAGGUUAGUGAAGAUGCUAAGAAAGGACUAGAUUCGAAAGGGCGAUGGACACGCUCAAGAGUGGCAAAGGUCAGCCUCUUGAUAUGCCCAUUUUGGUUUCUGGCUCAACUCACUUUUAAUCUCUCACUGAAGUAUACUACAGUUACGUCAAACACAAUCUUAAGCAGUGCUUCCAGCCUGUUUACAUUUCUGGUGGCUCUUGCAUUCCUGGGUGAGAAGUUUACUUGGGUGAAGCUGAUAAGUGUUCUUCUUUGCAUGGGAGGAACAAUAAUUGUCAGUUUGGGCGACUCACAAUCUGGAUUAAGUUCAAUUGCUUCGAACCCUGCUCUUGGAGACAUUCUUGCUCUUCUGUCAGCAGCCUUUUAUGCUGUGUAUAUUACUCUUAUUCGUAAAAAAUUGCCAGAUGAUGAUGGGAAAAGUGGUCAUGCCAGUAUGGCACAGUUCCUUGGAUUUUUAGGGUUGUUCAACCUCUUGAUUUUCCUACCUGUUGCCAUAAUACUUAAUGUUACCAAGCUGGAACCUUUUAAUAUGCUUACAUGGAAGCAAGUUGGUCUAAUCGUCGGUAAAGUGGUAUUGAAGAACGAUUAAGCCAUGCCCAGGUGCAUGGCAAAAGAUGAUCGGCCUUAAGUUGCGGUCUAGAUGUAUUCAUAGAUUUUGAGCACUGCAAUUAAAUAUGUAGCAUGUCUAUUGCCAUACAGACGAUAGUUAGAUGCCUCUAAGCAGUGAAUGUGCAGAAGCUGAGACUCGAUGUCUUUCAUGGAAUACUGAUUGUAGACCUUUUAGUUUUAGAGUUGGUUUAGUUCUACUUUGCAAAACUUUCCUUUCAUCAAUAGUUUGGCAUCAUAAGUUGUGCUUUAAAUUGUUGAGAUAAUUAUUGUAUUUAUACCUCCUCUUUUUAAAUUAUUGUGAUAGUUAUUGUAUUUAUACCUCCUCUUUCUUGGAUUAUUUGUCAAAGCAGAUUACAAGGUAUAUUUACUAUACUGUAUUGUAUAUGUUCUUUGGAAUGGAGUCCUUUCAACUCUGUUUUUCAUAUUUUAAUUUUAAAAGAACUGUCAACCAGAUGAAAUUUUUAACUAUUUUUUCGUUUAAAUUAAAUUUUCUUUUCAGAAAAAUUAACAGACAGUUCUCAAGUUUCUCUAAAAGUUCAGAAGUUAGUACUUGUAGGGAGACCUUGUACUGAGGUUUUAAUGAUCUCAGACCCCUUGCCUAGGAGAGGAGUUGAUUUUUUCCUUGUCAAUCAUGGAUGAGGAAUAGAGAUCUAUUACAACCCCAUUUUUUGUAGUUUUUUGCAAUGUGAAAAUUGUUGUCUUGUAAUUGCUUCAUUUGUUUAUUUGGUGUUUGACUGAUAUACCAAUUCUUGUUUCAAUAAUACCAGAGAUAGGAAGGGAGGAUUUUGAUUUUGUUUGUGUUUAAAGAAAGGGUAGUAAAUCUGGUGUGUGUUGGGAGGGGGGAAUGGAAGGGACAUAUUCAGCGAUUUCUCCAUUCCUCAAGUAUUGGAACAUGAGACUACCGAUUUGUUUGAUGUAGUGCUUGUUCAAUGAUGUUGAAGAAUAUAUAAAUGAAACGGAGACUUGGAUAGCUAGUUUUUUCCCUAUCAAUGGUCUAUUGAAGGCAUUGGGAAACAAAUGUUUAGUCCAAUUUUUAGGUGCAUAUGAUGUUAGCUGAAGUUUGAUUACUAGGAAACCUUUUCCAAAUUACCACAUGUUUUAUGAUAAGCUUAAGGAAAAUUUAUAUUAAGGAAUCAGGUGAAUUAAUUUUGUUACAAAAAAAUGGAUUCAAAUUAGAAAACAGGAAACUACUUUGCUUCAAAGGAUUGUAGACUUUAUCAAGGACAGCCUAUCAAUCUCCUUGUACAGUAGUAUCUGGAAUCCUUUUCCGAUACCUUCUCUAUAUCAUGGACUUUGGUGUUGUGGUCUCCUUAUUGUUUUUCUUCCCCAUUUCCCCUUUUUCUCUUUAAAUUCUAGUGGAUGAUGUAAAAUUGCAACCAUUGUUCGACUUUGAUGUGUAAAAUUUUAUCAUU